AACUUCCUCUUUCAGUUUCGACUGUCUCUGUAUGUAGAAAUAAAUCACCAUCGACGCAGGUUAGUUUUCUCUGUUUUCAACCUCUAUUACUAACUGGGUACACCUGUGUGGCUUUGCAGGAAUACGUAUAUGCCAACUGCAAGAAGAUUUCUACCUCAUUACGUAUCAGAAGACAUCCGUGGCACAACUGUCCAGCCUUGGUGGAACAAUCAGCUGAAAUAUGUACAACAACAAAAACAAAAUAGUAAGGAAUCCUUUUGCUGUGUUGACAUCCCCAUUACGUUGCUGCUCUGCUGGGAAACCAUUAAAAAAACACUGCGGACUUCAAAUCAUUUGUGCGGGUUUUAAAUGAACACAUCCCUGGGGGUGGAUUUGCUAUCAAAGACACGGCAGGAAGAAUCGAGGAGCGCCUUUGCGUGAAAUGUGCGUCGAUUUCAAAUCAGUUUAAAACCGCAUCUGGCCGCAAAAUAAAGGAUUUGCUGAGUGGCAGUUACAGGAUGAAUAUAUUUUUGGAGGAAGUUCAGUCAGUUGAGAUGUUGCAUACAGAAUUACAAAAAGAGACAAAAAUAAGAAAAAAAUCUAGUAAAAGAAAACCAAAAAAUAUACGAAGAACUCCUUGAGGAGAUCAAGCAAAAAAAAAUCAGGGAAGAUCAGAUGUUAACUGAAACUGAGUCACAGAAAAAAUAUAUUAAAAAAACUGGAAACAAAAAGUGGGACAGACAAAAAUGCAAAAGAACUAUCAACCCUCAGUCCCACUACGAAGUGGAGAUAUCUGAAAAUCAGGGCACAAAAAGCUCUAUGGUUUUUUAGAGCCUAUGGCCUCAAACUGAACAGUUUAGAGGUUGAAGAAAGAAACAGUACAUGCACAACCCAUAAUUUCAGUUUAGAUGACCCUUCCUCAACAGUCCCUACCGACACUGGUAGCACUUCAAAAUACUCAACACUCAUAGAAGAUGACAAAAAGAAAGUGGAAGAGGUUUUAUUUUUAAUGGACCGGUUCAGUGUGAGCAAAGAAUUCUACCAUCAACUAACAAUGGUGUGUGAAGGACUGCCAAGAUCAUAUUUGGUAAAACAGUGCAAGAAUCAUCUCAAUGAAUUAAGUCACCUUAUUGUUACACCUGGGAAAUCACAGGGUGUACAAACUUCAUUUAAAGAAUUGCUAAAGGAGCAAAUAAUCGACUUGGAAGAAUCACGUGGUCAUUCAGUGAGUGAUACACAGAGACCGAUUAAAGUAAAGAUCAGUGGAGAUGGCGCACAAAUGACAAGAAACAGCAACUACAUUAUCUUGUCAUUCUCAAUUCUACAAAAAGACCAACUUAUGUCAUCAAGAGGGAACCGCACGAUUGCAGUUGUGAAAGGCAGUGAGGAUUAUACGUCAAUUGCAGAGUCAUUUCAGGAUGUCUUACAAGAAAUCAAUGAAGCACAAGAGGUUGGCUUUGUCAAAGUGGAGGAAAACCAAAUCCCUGUGGAGUUAUUCCUUGGUGGAGACUAUAAAUUUCUUUUGCUAAUCAUGGGUCUAAGUGGUGCUACAUCACACUAUUCUUGCUUGUGGUGCACAAUACACAAAGAUAGAAGGUAUGAUAUGUCCAAGCCAGAGAACUAAUACGAAAGCAGCCCACAGAAACGAACACUAGAAGAUUUAAAAAGGUGCUGUCAUUUAAAGCCAGGAAACAAACACUUUUCCUGUAUCAACCUCCCACUACUCAACAUACCCCUAGGUCACAUCAUCCUUGAUGAGCUGCAUCUGUUACUAAGGGUAACAGAUGUACUUACUUGCAAUCUUCUGGAUGAGAUGAUUGAGUGGGAUGAUGAGGAAGCCCACAAAAAUAAAGUUUCUAAUCCUAAAGCUAUAGGGCAGCAUUUGCAGGAGGCAGUGCAGACCAUAAACAAAUGUGGCGUAACAUUCCAUGUCUGGGAGAAAAAGAAUGCCGAUGGCAAAGGUUCAGGUACCCAUGACUGGACCAGUCUGAUGGGAAAUGAAAAAAAGCUGUUGCUAAGGACCUUCCCUGGACACUUUUCUACUCUUUUGAGAAAAGACACUGCUACAACUGUGGAGAAAAUAUAGAAGGCAAAAGAUUGGGUGAAUUUGUUUUGUUCCUUGGGCAACAAGAGAACUGGUUAUGGUAAAAAGAAUGUGACAUGCUACAUGCAUUCUACGGUAUUCCAUGUCCCAGUAACCAUGAAAAGACACAGCAAUGUGAAACAGUUUACAGGACAAGGAGUAGAAAAGAAUAAUGACAAUGCAAGAAGAGUUUUGAGACGCAAAUCCAACAACUGGGACAGUCCAGCAGACAUUAUACGCACAGAAGGUCGUCAAUGGGCAUUGCAAAAAAGAGAAAGAUUGCCUAGAGCAUACAACAAAAAAUAUGAAAAGUACUGGGAUUCUGAAAUUAAAGAAUCUAGAGCAAAAAUCAGACGCUUGUCAACAUGAUGACAACCGUAUUGUGGUUUUCUCUGAUUGGUAGUGUGCUAGAAUUUUCCAGAUCUUUGGACUGUAACUCUUGCAAGUGAGAGAUGGAUUAAAUGUACUUUACAAUUAUCACUUGUCAAUGCAGAGCUCAAGUUUGAAUUCUGAAAUAAAAUAUUCCAGGUUCAGCAGU